AUGGCGAACGCGCACCCUCACUCACCCCGUUCUCGUCCGCGGCUCUGCUUCUGUGUUACAGAGAUCCUGCCCUCCUCCACCUCCGUAGACCUGUCGGGCACGGACUCGGCCUUGUACCCGUUCGACCCGCAGCAGGAGAACUACCAGGAGAUCUGGUUGCCGGCGACCAGUAUGUACCCCUAUUUUCUGUUCCCCGGGACCGCGCGCACCCCGCCGUACUACGAACCCGACAGCACGUACGACAUACGGGAGCCCGGUGACCGACGCCCAGACCACUACCAACACCAUCACCGUCACGGCAAUCGGCAUCAUCACGGUCACCAGGAGGCGCCGGAACUACCCGGCCGGCCAGCUGUCCUCGUUGUCGAGGCGUACGAUCCUCAGACCGAUUCGAAUCGGUACGGAACCGACGUGAAUCGGUACGAGGAUCGCGCGGCAACCUCGCGUCCAGGCGCUGAUCAUCCGGAUCGGUCGACGGAUGGAUCUUCUUCCUCCUUCUCCUCCUCUUCUUCUUCUUCUUCUUCUUCCUCUUCUUCUUCUUCUUCGUCUUCGUUAUCCAAGCAUGAUCGCGCCUCCAGCACAGUGCACCUGCAGCCCCAAAGCGAGCAUGACGCGCACCCGCACCAGCAUCGGCACCACCACCAUCACCACCAACAGCACCAGCACCAUCGUCAGCACCCUGCACUACCCGCACCGCCGCCGUCCGUCGUCGCGACGCUGUCGUCGUCGUCGGCGGGCUCGUAUGCGCCGGCGGCCGCUCGUCCCACGCCUACCGUGCUGGAUGAGCCGUUGGGGGCCCAUGGGCCCGGCCACGCUGAGCCGCCACGGCUACCGGCCCAAAGGAAGUUUGCACCCAGGCCCACCUACGAGCACCGCGCGAUCGUCGACGACGACGACCUCGACGACCUCGAGUUCAGGAUUGGCGCGCUGCCUGUCGACCGGCUCUUCGAUCUCCGCGAGACCUUCGAAGGGUUCGUCGACCAAGGUUCGUACCGGGUCCAUCGGCGCGCAUGGAGAGUCCCAUUUGGAAAGGAGCGGCCGAAGGCGUGUCCAGAGACAUGUCAAAAACGUUUUGGGAGAAUCGUUAAAGCAUGCGAAAACGCCAGAUAUUAUAUGAUGGGCACAAUUUUUUAAUAUUUUUUCUUUUUGUUUCGGGUCUUAUAUUUUUGUUCUGAGAAAUUUGAAAGUUUAAAAAUUGAAAAGAAUUAUGUUGAUAAUUUUGAAAGUUUUGAGCAGAAUUGAGGACCAUUAAAUAGUUAUGAAAUUGAUAAUAACAUCUGAACUUAUAAUCGGAUGCAUAUUUUAUUAUACUUUGUCAAUAUAAAAUCGAUUUAUUUUUAGAUUCCUGACAAUUUCUUUACAGAUCUUACUGCUUUAUUUUUUUCUUUAUAUAAUAAUUAAUAUAUUGUAAAAUACAGAAAUGUUUGUGUAGUACCCAUCGAUAUCCUAGCGUAAGUCGCUUUAAUAAUUUAUUUAGAAGGAAACUGAUGUUGGUUUGUUUGAAUAUACAUGUACAAUGCUUAUAUAAUACAGGUAAAUUAUAAUUUUACC